AUGCCAAAAUAUGCAAAGUUCAUUUGAAAUUCUCAAUAAAGUUUAAUACUCUAGUAAUCCUUUGUUCUACCUUUUUUCUGUGGAAAUUCUAGUGUGACUAAUAUGAACGUGCUGUAAUUGUUUUCUGAACAACUAGUGUUGUAGGUGUUCACCAAACAUAUAUUAACCAUAAUGUCUUGGUUAAAUACGUUAAAAGUAUUUUUUACUCCGGAUAAAAAUCCCAAUAAAGUUAUUGAAGUAAAAUCGGAAAAAUAUUCUAAUCGUAAUGUCCACUGUCGUCAUGACCCGAUUAUUUUGUAUGGAGUAGAUAGUAAUAAUGUCAGUGAAAUUGUCUUGCAUUUGUCGCGCGCUGAGAGCUUAACUACUUCUUACAGUUUAUACAGAGGAUCGAGUAUAGAAGAUUCAGAAAUAAGAUUUUGUAUACUUAAAGACAAAUUACCAGAAAUUCUCAGUAUAUCCAAGGAUUGUUAUUGUUUGUCCGUGAUACAAAAUUUAUGUGAUACUCUUGUUGAACACCCAACAUGGAAUGUUGCUCAUCUGGUCGUAAGAUUGGCAAUGAUGGACAUUUUAUCCAACCCAAAUGUUGUGAUGUACUUAAAUACACCAGAUAUUGAAAGUGGUAUAUCAUCAUUACAAUUAGCCAUUUAUGACAAUUCGUUAGUUGUUGUUAAAGCAUUAAUUGCUUUAGACGUUUCACUGGAGCACUUGGAUAAUGAAGCCAAUUCAGUUUUUCACUAUGCUGCUAAAUCUAGUAGUGAUAUAAUUUUGGUUUUAUCUAAAGUGAGCACCAAAUGCUUAAACCAUCGUAACAUAAAUGGAUUUACUCCCCUUCACUUAGCAUGUCAAGCGGACAAACCAGAAUGCGUUAAAGAAUUGUUAGUUUGUGGGGCCGAUGUUAAUAUACCGGCUGGAAUCCCUGUAACUAAUGUAUCCGAAAACAAAUUACCUGGAAUUGUUAAAGAAUAUCUUCAGGAUAAUCAUAAAAAAUUAUUUGUUGAAGAUAUGAAAUUUGGUGGUACUCCUUUACAUUGGUCAAGUUCUCGUGAAGUAAUUGACAGUUUAAUUUCCAAUAAUUGUGAUAUGAAUGCAUUGAAUUUUGACAACCGCACUGCUCUUCACAUAAUGGUUUUGAGAAAUAGAUUUGAUUGUGUUAUGGGACUUCUAUGCAAUGGAGCUAAUGUAAAUAUACCUGACCAAGAAGGUAAUACACCACUUCAUUUGGCAGUCAAAAGCAAUUUGGUUCCAGUAAUUCAUGCUCUUAUAGCAUUUGAAGCUGAUGUCGAUUAUAUUAAUAAUAAAGGAUUAUCAUCACGACAUAUUGCUGCUACCAACAAUGGUCCAGAUAAAAUUUCUGAUAAAAUUGUUUAUAUCUUGCAUGCAGUUGGUGCAAAACGGUGUCAAAAUAUUUUAUUGGAAACUAUAUGUACAAAUGGAUGUGCUUGGAAUAAAGAAUUCAAUGGUUUACCUCCUCAAAGACCUGUAUCAAUGCCAGUUAGAUGUAUUGUGACAGCAAUGGAAGAGCUCAUGGAUGAGAGAAUAGAUGUUAACAAGAAUCAUAGAGGUGGCAGAGUUUUAUGCCUCGAUGGUGGCGGGAUUAGAGGAUUGGUGUUGAUAUCUGUCUUACUUCAUAUAGAAAAUGCCACUAAAGUUCCUAUUAUUCAUUGUUUUGAUUGGUUAUCUGGCACAAGUACUGGUGGAAUUUUAGCUUUGGGACUUGCAUGUGGUAAAUCAUUGCACGAGUGUUUGUGUUUAUAUUUUAGACUUAAACAACUCGUGUUUCAAGGUAGUAAACCUUACCAAAGUGAGGUAUUGGAAAAUAUGCUACAAGAAACAUUGGGCGCAAAUACGUAUAUGAGUGAUAUAAAGCAUCCUAAGAUCUUAGUCACAGGUUUGUUAGCAGACAGAAAACCUGUGGACUUACACAUUUUUCGUAAUUAUACAUCACCAAGUGACAUGAUUAAUGUAGAUCAUCCUUGUGAUUACCCACCUCCACCACCACCUCAUGAACAGUUAGCAUGGAAAGCAGCGAGAGCAAGUGGUGCAGCACCUUCAUAUUUUAGAAUGUUUGGUCGUUUUUUGGAUGGAGGAUUGAUUUCAAACAACCCAACUUUGGAUACAUUAACCGAAAUUGAGGAAUAUAAUUUAGCUUUAUACAAAACAAACAGGGCUAAUGAAAUGCAUGAUCCAAGCCUUGUAGUUUCUGUUGGAACUGGAUGCAUACCCGUGACUGAGGUGAAGAAUUUAGACAUUUUCAAACCGAGUAGUGUGAGUGAUAGUUUGCGUUUGGUGUUUGGAUUUUCAGCGUUAGGUCUGUUGCUCAUUGACCAGGCGACCCAGUCUGACGGUCGUGUUGUAGACAGAGCAAGGUCAUUGUGUUACAAAACAAAAACUGAGUUCUUCAGGUUUUGCCCACAACUAUCAGAAGAUAUAGCUAUGGACGAAAAAGAUGAUGUGAAACUAGUCAAGAUUCUUUGGGAAACUAAAGUUGAUAUGGUGAAAAACAAUAGUAAAGUUUGUAAACUGGCACAAUUAUUGAAAUAAUUUUGAUGUACUUAUUAUAUUUAAGACAUUGUAUCGUUUAUAAUUGUUUUAUCUUUUUUAUUUUUUAAUAUUACACUUUGUAGUUUAUAUAAUUUAAUAUAUUGCUUUAAUAUUCAUAGAAAUAUAAUAUAUCUAUCUAUUUCUAAAUAUUUAAAUUUAUUAUAACAGUGCAUAUUAUUAUUAUUUAUUAUAAACUAAAGGAAUACAUCAUUACACUUGUGCUUUUUCUUAAAUACUAUGGUAACACUAGUAUACAUUGUUAAAUGACAAUAAUAUAAUAUAAUAUUAUGUGUGCAUGUAUGUAUAUUAUACUGUUUAUAAUAUUUGUAUAAGGUUGGGAUUGCUUAUUUUUAAAUGUUAAAACCCUCUUUUAAAUUUUUUAUCUGCUUGACAAAAAUUCAAUACAAUUCUAUUUGUAAUAGUGAUAAUAGUAAAUAAAAUAUUAUAAAUAACAAAAAUGUCAAGGCAGUAUCACAUUAUUUUGGCGCAAAUUUAAUAAUUCUUCAUUUAUUUAAUAAACAGUGUGUUGAAAUUACUAUUGGACACUGUAAUUGUCUUAUUAUAAUAUAUACGCUGGUCUAUAUUCGAAAAGACAAAUAGUUAUAAAUUAUUUAAAAAUAUUUGUAUUAAUUUUUUUUUUAAAAUCUAUUUCUUAAGGUCUUAUUAACAGUUAACACACUGUUUUGUAUAAUAUUCCCGUCUAUGUUCUAUACCAAAUACCGAUCAACUUUAAUAAUGGUUUUAUGAAUUAGAACUAUAGGUAGGUACCUAUCUGGAUAAAGUCCACUUGCUGUGAACAUUGUAUUUAUACCACUUUUAACACCCUUCUGAAUUUACGGUACAUACUCUUUUUUUUCUUUUAAUUGUAUCUCUUUUAGAU